AUGGCGUCUUCCAAUUUGUACACGCGAGUGCGGGCCGCGGAGAUUGUGAACGAGCUGCGUGCGAAUGAGAAGAAGUCGCGUUCGGCCAUGUUCCGCAAGACCACGCUCAAGAAAAUCGUGGCCAACAUGACUUUGGGCAACAACGAAAUGGUUGGGCUUUCCAGCGAGGUGUUGGCGAUAACGCUCGAUCUGGCGACCGAUACCGAAGUCAAGCGGCUUGCCUACCUAUACUUCAGCACAUACUACCCCCAAAGGCCGCACGAUUGCGUUGAUUUGCUGCCGAUGCUGGAAAAAGACUUCCGGAGCCAGUCGGCCGUGCUCCGCUCAUUAAGUAUACGCGCUCUCGCAACUAUUCACAUCCCAGAGUUUCUGGCCAAGGCCAACGUGCUGGUUUGCGAGGCAAUGGCCGAUAAGGACCCGCACGUGCGCAAAACCGGCGUCUAUGCUGUUUCCCGUGUCUAUGGCCGUGCUCCGGAAGAGGUGCGACAACAGUUCCUCAAAGGUCUAAAUCGUCUGCUGCACGAUCCGACUGUUUUCGUAGUUGCGGCAGCAGUGGACUGUCUGCGCGAUCUGGUGGAGAACCACGACGGAUUGCAGCUCUCGAUCGACAGGAACAACUGUUUCCGGAUCUUGGAGCUGCUCGCUGGGUGCGACGAGUGGAGCCAGGUGAGUCUCCUGAACUCUGUGAUGGCUUUUGUGCCGCAGACCGAGGACGAUGCGGUUUUUCUGGCAGAAAAGUGCAUUCCGCUGCUACAGCACGGCAACUCGAGCGUCGUGCUCAACGCUCUCAAGGUGAUUGUCUAUCUGAGCAACUACGUGCGAAAUUUUGUGGACGUUCUUCCGGCAAUCACGAAACGGGUUUCUGGAUGCAUAUCGAACCUCAUGUCGAAGCCUGCUGAGAUCCAGUUUCUGACCAUGCGGAACGUUAUUCUGCUGCUGCUCGACAAGGCCGAGAUGCUCGAUUUGCAGGUGUCGAUGUUUUUCUGCCAGUUUGACGACCCGGUGUACAUCAAGGACACGAAGUUGGAGCUGAUAUUUCUGCUGGCCAACGAGAGCAACAUUUCUCUCGUUCUGCGCGAGCUCGAGGAGUACGCUCUGGAGAUCGACGACCAGAUGGUGCGCAAGAGCAUCCGUGCCAUUGGAAACCUGGCAAUCAAAAUUCCGUCCGUGGCAGACCGCUCGAUCGAGGUUCUUUGUGGACUUCUGGCCAGCUCUCUGCCCCACAUUGUGCAGGAGGUGGCCAUAAUACUAAAAGACAUUCUGCGCAAAUACCCAGGAAAAUACCUCUAUCUGAUAGACUCGCUGGUGCAGAACGUGGAUCUGCUCACCGAUUCCGAAUCGCGCGGAUCGUUCAUAUGGAUUCUAGGAGAGUACUGCAACUCGAUCCCCAGCUCUGCAGACAUUCUUUUCAAACUCUACGCCAACUUCGACAACGAGCCCACGCAGGUGCAGCUCACCACCCUCACGGCUGUGGUGAAGACGUAUCUGUGCUCGCCGUCCAAGAAGACCGAGUCGCUCGUUCUGGACGUUCUACGCAGAACAACCGAGGAGGCCAACGAGCCAGACCUGCGCGAGCGCGCAUACUUUUACUGGCGUCUUCUUUCGUCCCAUAAAGACAUCAAGGAGAUCGUCAAGCCCGUGCUGCCGAUCAUCGAGGUUUCCAGCGACAAGCUGCCGCCAGAGAUACUUGAGGAGCUCGAGCUGAACAUCGGAUCGCUGGCUUCUAUUUAUUUGCGCCCUGUUCAGCAGGUGUUCCGUCUCAGCAAGCCCAAAAGACUUGCUGUCUCGCCCGCACUCGCACGAGCAGAGUCACGUGCGUCGUCUGCGCCCUUCUCGGGUCCGGCUUCAAGAAACACCUCCGCUACGUCUGUGUAUAAAUAG